AAGUAUUCUUACUCACUUGAAUACUUCCAUUCGUCUACGGCCAAAUAAAAGGUGUUUAGUUAUUACUGUACACUUCCAAAAAUCCCAGACAUGACUUCAACAUCCAGAAUCCUCGAACUCUCAACAAUAAUCUCAACCAACACCCAAAAGAUCGACACAUACCUGCUCGUGAAUGACCUUCCCCAACCCUCCUUCCAAGAAUAUGGACCCUUAAAAGUUCUCCCUGAUGGCUCCCCUCCGGAAUUAGAACAAGCACGCAUCGAUGCAGUCGAAGCAAGCAUAGAACUCCAACAACUACUCCAAGGCCCAGAUUCUCUUCUCACACCCACGGUACUUCUAUUUCCCCCUCAAACCUUUCAGUAAGUAUCUAAUCAAGUCACUUGAAAAAAGAUAAAUAGCACCGCACUCACCGCAAUCCACGAAUUCAAACUCGCCACGAAAGUCCCUCUCGAGGGAUUUGCACUUGCAAAUAAUACAGAUCUCCAAUUCUACAACUUCCUGAGUCAGUAUCCCGAACGCGCAAAGCGAUUUGGGGGCGUCAUGUCUUCAUCAAGCACCGCAGGACUUCAAGCUCUUCUGGACAAAUUUCCAUGGUCUUCAUUGCCAGAAAAUGGGCUGGUGGUUGACUUGGGUGGUUCACAAGGUCACGUCAGCGCCUUUUUAGCGGAAGCCAUUCCUUCCUUGAAGUUCGUCGUCCAGGAUCUGCCAGAGGUCAUCUCAGAUACCGAGUCAACGUAUCGAGUUCCUGAAGCUGUUGCGAAUAGACUGGUGAGCAUGGAGCAUGAUUUCUUCACACUACAGCCGCUGAAGGAUGUGGAUGUCGUUGUGAUACGAUACAUCUUCCACAAUUGGUCUGACGAGUAUUGUAUACGGAUAUUAAGAAAUCUGAUACCUGGUCUCAAACCUGGUGCGAAGAUUCUGAUUCAGGAUCAUUUAAUGCCGGAACCUAAAACUUUGUCCUUGGCAAAGGAGAGAGAUGUUAGGUAUGCCGAUUUUGGUGAAUUCGCUGGUUAGUAAGAAAGUCUAACGAUUCUAUAGAGCCAUGGAUAUGAUCAUGCUUUCACUAUUCAAUUCGCGGGAAAGAGAAGAAGAUGAUUGGAAAGAGCUGGUGGCGAAGACUGAUUCCAGGUUUAUAUUUGAGAGUGCUGAGAGACAGGCGCAAGAUUCUGCAUCUGGAAUUAUGGUUGUAAGUUGGCAAGGUUGAAAUGAACUUUCCCAGUGGGAGUAGAAAAGUCGAUACCUUAUGUACUCCCAGUCGAUACCUUAUCUACACCCGGUCGAUACCGUAUCGACAACCGAUUAUAUAGGGGAAGUUUUUUUAAAAACAGAAAUCUUUUAUAACAGGUUCUAUUAGUUUCUAAUAGUCGUCUAUUUAUUCCUGUAGCGUUCUUUAUAGGGCCUUUUUUUAUUAAGUAUAGGACGAGUUUUC